UAUCAAAAUACUAAACUAUCCUUGGCUUAAUAGGUGCUUCCAUUAGACGGAUAUUCACGAUUUCGGACAUUUUUAUCAUCCCUAAUCAACAGACACUUGCGUAAGAAGUGAAGUCGAGCAAAACAGUACCCAGUAAGAUAAAGGGCACAAAGCCUAAAAUCAAAAGAUCAAAUAAAAGAUUUUUUUUUUAUCGAACCUGUGUGCUACUGAAAGGAUAAGGACAAGAGAGAAACAAGGAUUAUCCCUGAAAUUCAAAACUAACGCCUCCAAAUUGAAAACCUAUUGUACGAUCACUUUAGUCUUGACCACGAACUCAUUUGCCAAAUAAAUGAAAAUUGAAUCACAAGUCACAUGAUACAAGAAGGCAUGGAUCUUGCCAUCCCUGAAUCCACUCGAAACGAGACAAGAUUAAAGUAACCGGAAGCCCAAAAUGUCAACCCAUGGAAUCAAAACUGUGUCAAUUCUUGUUCCCGUUAUGAGGCCCAAUACGAGAGAAGAAGAGCUUCCAAAUCACGGGCCCAAAUAGUUAACCUCCCCCAAGAAAAGUAAAGCUCUCUGUUCGACCAAAGCUAAUAGGAGUGGCUAUACUUUCCGAUCUGGUUAAAUUGGACCAAAUUAAUCCGGUCCAGUUCGGUCUUUUUGAAAAUAUAAGGAUCAAAGAUUGGAUUGGAUACAGUCCGGUCUUGAUCCGGUCCGGUCCCAAUUCGGUCUUGAUUUUAUAUUGAGCUUGUGGGGACUUGAGUGGCCUAAGGCUUGAAAGGGUAAUGAGUUGGUUAAGUUUCGUACUAAGUGCAAAGGUUUGUGACUGUUUAUGCAAAUUACCCUUAAGUUUUGAGUGUUGAGCUCUCUUAUCUGGUCUUUAUCCAGUUUUCGAUCCGGUCCUGAAUAGUUUUUCACCUCAAAUCUAUGCCCAAAUAUUGGAUUGGAUUGUUUACUAUUCGGUCCCGAUCCGGUUUCGAUCUGGAUUAUAAGAUCCGGUUUCGGAUAAAACCAAAAAACCCGAACCAAAUAGCCCGCCCUAAAAGCUAAUCAGUAACUAGUGAACUGAUUGUAGAGACCAGAGAGGAGGUCCAAGAAAGGAGCUCAGAGGAAGAAGUCUAGACUCUAGCACUAUGUUUUUUUAGAGCGGAAAACAUGGGGAAGGAAAGAAUAGGAAGGAAAGUGCAAUUUUCGAUAAACUUUCCCCUGUUUUCAAAGGUGAGCACAGUAAUCGGGUGAAGAAAAGGGGGGGGGGGGGGAAGUUUCACUGUGGAACCCUCUCCCCCAAAUCGGAGAGAAAACGCUCCACUAACUCUUUCUCUUUCAUCUUUUUAUUUGCCAGGUUAAUUAAUCGUUCACUUUCCCUUUUUUAUUUGCUACCCCUCUCCUCGCUCCUUGCUUUUUCUUCUUCUUCGUUCUCCCUCAAAUGCGAACCCAAACUAGAAACAGAGAUAGACAAACUGGAAGUCAGCUUGGCAGAUUUGCUUCGUCGGAAUAGUCUCGGUCGGAUUGCAGCUGCCGACUAGGGGAGCGUUGUUGUUGGCGCCGGCGUGAGCACACGGCGGCAGAAGGGGGGGGGGGGGGGGGGGGUGGGGGGGGUUAGAAACAGGGAGAUUAAAAUUGUAGGUCGGAGAAUCGUAGAGCGACAGAUAGUUGGAAUCGGGCUAGCGCAAUUGGGAUCAGAUCGGGCCGGGCUGGGCGUUCGGGGUGAAGAAUCCGACCUGGCGAACUCUGGGAACUGGGAGUUGAUGGCCGAAGAAUCGGAGAGCGGCUGAGAGCUGGAAGCCAGCAGCGCCACCAUUAACCUACAAUUAACCUCACCGACGGCUAAUCGGGGGAACGAGAGUCUGCGCUAGUGGGGGAUUGGCAUUUUUUUCUUUUCUUUUCAAGAAUGUUCCUCUGGACAAAAGUGAUACAUGAGAAAGAGAUCCAGCAUCCAGUGGAAUGGGGAAAAUAUAUUCAAUUUGCUUUUGUACUCACACAUAUUAUUAUCUCUAACCCAGGCACUAAUAACAUGUAAUAGAUUUAAUUGAGAGUGUUGAGAGUGUAAUAGAUUUUAAUUGAUUUAGCUUGUUUCGGUAUUUGUUCAUCAAUUAUGUUUAAUGAAUCAAUUCAUUAGGUAACCAUAUAACUAAUAUCAUUAGGUAAUUAGUUAUCUCAAUAAUAAAAUAAGGUAUAUAUAUAAUAUGUUAUCUCAAUAAUAUCUUAUAUAAUUAUAUUAUAAAUGAUGUUAUCAAGUAGGGAUGUCAAUUGAAUUCGGACACAAGUGCGAUCUGCAUAUAUUUAUGUACACUUAAGUUUAGAUGUUAUGUUGACGAAUCAAUAAAAUAGUGAACAAAAUUUUAGUAAUGGAUUGACAAGUUUUGUCAAGCGAUCUAUUUUAGAUUUGUAAUGGUGAACAAAUUAGCAAGUAUUAAUAACAAAUUUAAUUAAUAAUCGAUAAUUAUUUGAAAUAAUAAAACACACAAUUAUAUUAUUUUAGUAUUACAUUACACAAUACAAUAACAUACUUAUCAUAUUUCUCAAUAUACUUUUUUUCAUCUCAAUUUUUCUUUUUCUUUACAUUUACAUAACCAAUAAAAUAAUAUAUUCAUCACACUUUUCAAUACACACUUUCUUUCCCACUUUCCUCCAUAAAACAACAUUUUCCUUUCAAUUUCCUUCACCUCCAAAUCUCCCCUCCCCUCCUAAUUUUCCUUCACCUCCCCUCUUUUUCCUCCUUUCCUUCGAAAACAUAGUGUAGAAGUCGCGAAAUAGCUUAGCUCCACUAGUUGAGCGUAGAAAACGCGUCGUAUUUUUCAAACAGGCCAAAGGACGCACCACCCACCUCUAGGCUCUAACCUUCUUUCCCUUUUUAAUUAAUCAUCAGUCAUCACUGUAUAUUCCUUAUUGUCCACGGACUGAUGCAGCCGCCAGGAAGCCAUGGCAAUGACUUCCAUUGACUUAUCGCAACCCAUUCCCCCCCUUAUAAAAACCAGCACACCAGAAGCUUCACCCAUCAAACCUGUCAUUCAAGCUCUUAACAGUUGACACCAAUCUCUCAAACUUCUCCACAUCUCGCCUAGCUCGAUUCCAUCCCUCCUCUGAAGCUCACUCCUCUGUUUUCCGGCAAAACGGGAAAAAAUGAAGGUUGUGGUUCUUAAACUGGAUCUGCACGACGACAGAGACAAGCAGAGAGCGAUGAAGAGAGUCACCGGGAUUUCCGGGGUCGACUCGGUGUCGAUGGACAUGAAAGACAUGAAGAUGACGGUGGUGGGAAACGUGGAUCCGGUGGAAAUCGUGAGCAAGCUGAGGAAGCUGUUCCCGACGGAGGUGGUGUCGGUGGGACCGCCGAAGCAGCCGGAGAAGAAGAAGGAAGAGCCGGCGCCGGCGGCAAAGAAAGCAGACGACGGAAAAGACAAAAAGAACCCUGAGGCGCCUCCACCUCCUGUCAUCUCCUACUACCCUCCCCAAGUCAACGGCGGUUACUAUUACAAUCAUUACCCUUAUCAACAGCAAAAGGGGUACGGCAAUUACCCUUACCACCAGUACGGCGGCGCCGCGCAAGUCGUCGGCGACGAUCCAAAUUCUUGCGUCAUUUGUUAAAUUGGGUUGGAGUUCAAUUACGUAAGCGCAGAGUCUGAUCUUGGAAGGGCUGCCAAAGGUUAUGUAAAUAAUGGUGGCUUUUCCGGGUGUGGAGGCUGUAACUAAACUGAUAGUUACCGGAAUUACAGUAUUUUAUUUCUUUUUUUUUUUAGUUUCUCCGUUAGCGAAGCGACGAUGACCUCAGAUUUAAUUUCUUAUAUUAAAAAAAAAAUUGGUGCAUUUUGUUUUUGUGGAUUAUUUUGUCAUUUCCGUAACACUGGAAAUAUCACGGCAAUAUCGCAAUAUUACCGCCAUACUUUUACUUAUCACGAAUUAUAUUGAAAUUUACUUUAUCGUCAUUUUUUCUCGCGUUGGAUUUUAGUUUUUCCCCCCUUUAUGGGUUACCUCUAAAACGGCCCAUGGGCCUAUAUAAAAGGGGCAGCCCAACUGAAGUAUAAAAGACUAGAUUUAGACGGGUUUCCGUCCGAACGAUGGAAUUACGAGAUUAGCCCCGGUUUCGUCCUUUGUAUUUUCAGUUUUAUUUUGUACUUUUCCUGGUUCAGAGUGCCGACGCCUUUCGUCGGUCUCCAUCCGCGCUUCCAUAUGCCGGCGACAACGCAGCUCCGCCGUAGCCGAUGGAGAAUCGGCCGCAGAAAAACACCGAAACACGAGCCAGGAGCUCUCAAUUUCCGUUUUGCUUGUUUCCAUUUUCCAUAGAGAGUGGAUUUCAAAGCCGCAGAUUCUCAAUCUUCCGUGAGAGUUUUACUAUUUUUUUUUUUUACCUUUCUGUCACAGGUUGCAAUGCGAGGAGAUAUCUCGCAUCUCGCCACGUGAACAUGGGGACGGCAAGACUAGAAUAAUCAAAAGGUGGACGAAUCCACGGUUUUCGAGAUGAGUUGGCCACUUUCGUAGUGAUGAGCGAUUCAACAGCUUGACCAAUGGGGCUAUAAAACUAUUGACAUAACUACGUAGUAGUACGCAAGGCAACAAGAGGCCAAGAGUUAAAGUGGCCAACCCACCAUAAAAAUACGACUUGCUGCCGUGCUGUUUCCAGGAAAGUGGAAGUAACCUUUUUUGUUGCCUUUUCUUUGUCCAGGCAAAAAGGGCAAGUGCCACUGCUGGAAAAGUGCGUGAGGAAAUUAAGGACACGAGACGACGUCGUAUUUGAAAUGCCCAACUCACACUACCUAGCAGCUUGCGUCGUGUUGCUGCCUUCUGGGGGGCAACAAAACAGUCAUUCAGUGCUUGAUGACUGAUGAGUGAUGGCCCAAACCCAAUAUCAAAAGGUUGCACUUUCUUGUACGUGAUUAUGAUCUAUAUAUUUUUUUGGUUCCGUGAUUAUGAUCUAUAUAAGACAACGUUUCAAAUAGUUCAAUUUCCAUACAUAUUUAUAUCUUUUUAAUUAUAAGAAUGCAGUGCAGAUUUAAUGUGUUUUUUAACAUGCAAAUAAUGACUCUUUUUUUUGUCAAGCGUGGUGCAAAAAUGUUUUCCUACACAAAUAAAUCAACUUUGGGAUUAUUAAAAGUAGAAAUAGAGUGGUGCACUGCUGAUUGUGACUUUGUUUUUAAUGGAAGGUAUUGAUUGUGUUAGGCCGGGCACUAAGCCACAAGGCCCGAAGGCCCAAUUGCAUUCAAAGUCCACGUAGGAACCGGAAAGGCCCAAAACAGAAGAAAACAGCCAAGGGCGGUCCUGAUCAUCACGUUGCGAGAAGACCGCCCGACAGGGAACCUUGCCUCAGGUAAAGGGCCGCCCGACAAUCUGGCUUUAUCGUACGAAGUCUGACGAGGGACGUUGGAAAAGCCAGAGGCGCCAUAGACCGCCCGACACGACAUUAAAUGCACAUAACUCACUCUAAACUAGUAUAAAUACCCCUCAUAGGG